UUAGGUGUGGGCGGAGCUUCCUAUCAAAGCCCCUCUCGUUUUCAUCGCCAACAUUUUCCUCUUUCCUUCAAAUCUCAACUCCUCCUCUCUCCUAUUUCUUCGCUUCCACUUCUGUUUUCUUUUACAUUUUACUCGCUUUCCCUUUCCAUCUCAUCCAUGGAUGCUGCAAUGCCUCUCUGCAAAUCUGCUCGCGCUCCCUCUCUUACUGGUUUGUUUGCUGGGACUACCAAUGGAUUGAGAAGCUCUCAAUGUACCUUCAUGGGUGCAAAGAAAGUUAGUUUUCCUAGACAGAGAGCUAAUGGAGUGCAAUAUACUCGUAAAUCGUUGAAGAAUGGGAGAGGCCUUCAAGUUAUGUGCCGUGCGGAUAAAAUUUUGGUGGCUAAUAGAGGAGAAAUUGCGGUUCGUAUUAUAAGAACUGCUCAUGAAUUGGGAAUUCCUUGUGUGGCUGUGUACUCAACCAUUGAUAAGGAUGCACUCCACGUGAAAUUGGCUGAUGAAUCUGUGUGCAUUGGUGAAGCACCAAGCAGCCAAUCGUACUUAGUGAUCCCAAAUGUCCUCUCUGCUGCCAUCAGUCGGGGAUGCACGAUGCUGCAUCCUGGAUAUGGCUUCCUCGCUGAGAAUGCAGUAUUUGUUGAAAUGUGCAGAGAGCAUGGAAUCAAUUUUAUUGGACCUAAUCCUGACAGCAUCCGAGUUAUGGGUGACAAAUCAACUGCCAGAGACACUAUGAAAAAAGCAGGUGUACCGACUGUUCCAGGAAGUGAUGGCCUUUUACAGAGCACCGAAGAAGCAAUCAAGCUUGCACAGGAAAUUGGCUAUCCCGUUAUGAUCAAGGCAACAGCAGGUGGUGGAGGACGUGGCAUGAGACUUGCUAAAGAGCCUGAUGAAUUCGUGAAGUUGUUGCAGCAAGCCAAGAGCGAGGCUGCAGCUGCAUUUGGGAAUGAUGGUGUUUAUCUUGAAAAGUAUGUCCAAAAUCCAAGGCAUAUUGAGUUUCAGGUUCUUGCAGAUAAGUAUGGAAAUGUUGUUCAUUUUGGAGAGCGUGAUUGCAGCAUUCAGAGACGAAACCAAAAGCUUCUAGAGGAGGCACCAUCUCCUGCCUUAACCCCCGAGUUAAGGAAAGCUAUGGGCGAUGCAGCAGUUGCAGCUGCUGCCUCUAUAGGUUACAUUGGGGUUGGGACGAUUGAGUUCUUGUUGGAUGAAAGAGGCUCCUUCUACUUCAUGGAAAUGAACACUCGGAUCCAGGUCGAGCAUCCUGUGACGGAAAUGAUAUCCUCUGUUGACUUGAUUGAGGAACAAAUCCGCGUAGCUAUGGGUGAAAAACUUCGGUACAAACAGGAAGAUAUUGUACUUAGUGGACACUCAAUUGAAUGCCGCAUCAAUGCAGAAGAUGCCUUUAAGGGAUUCCGACCUGGACCAGGAAGAAUUACAGCAUACUUACCGUCAGGAGGGCCAUUUGUUAGGAUGGAUAGCCAUGUUUAUACUGAUUAUGUAGUGCCUCCAAGCUAUGAUUCUCUUCUUGGAAAGCUUAUUGUUUGGGCUCCAACUAGAGAAAAGGCAAUUGAGCGUAUGAAAAGGGCUCUUGAUGAUACUAUUAUUACAGGGGUUCCUACAACCAUUGAAUACCACAAGUUGAUUCUUGAUGUAGAGGAUUUCAAGAGUGGGAAGGUGGACACUGCGUUUAUUCCUAAACAUGAACAGGAAUUAGCUGCGCCUCAGAAAAUGGUGGUAGCCAAAGAUCUAGCCAAUACAGUUGCUUAAAAUAGGAAUUUUCUUCUCAGCUCAGUUCAGAUCAGUUUUUUUUUUUUUUUUUUUUUUGGCCGCAUUUUGGUGUUAUUAGCAGGAGUUCCACCUUUUUUUUUUCCUUGAAAAUUUUCCUCUGUAUGUGAGCUUUUUUGUUUGUUUGUUUUUUCUUCAAUUUUUUGGUACUAGAAAGACCAAGGUACUUUGUUUUAAAAUAGCAAUUAUAAAAUACAUCCAUACCCUGUCUAUUUUGUUCAUACUCACAAGGUAGAGUGGAUCUAAUUUAGUCGAUUAUUUUUAAA